AUGGAUGUCCUGGUGACCGAGCUCAACGUUCUGCUGAAGCUGCUGGACAACGAGACUCUGAGCUUUCCUACUGAGGAGAAGAAGACCUCUGUUAGGAACCUGCUGAAACAACUACAGCCCACAGUGACAGAACCAGGCUACUUGUACAUGAACACGUCAGUCUACAGACAUGGCACCAGUUUUGUGGAAUCCCUCUUCGAGACCUUUGACUGUGACCUGGGGGAGCUGAAAGACAUGACAGAGGACCAGAAAGAGAAGCAGGACACACACACAGAGACACACACUAACACACACACAGAGACACACACAGAGACACACACUGACACACACACUGACACACACACAGAGACACACACUGACACACACAGAGAUGACACAAUACCAUUAAAACAGAGCAGUCCAGACUCCUUUCCCCCCCGCUCAUCAGAGACCCCUCCGCCCCUGCCCACCACCCCCCCUCCUGAGGCUUACUAUGAAGAGGCAGUUCCUCUCAGCCCUGGCAAGCAGCCAGAGUACAUCACCACCCGCGGGAGCUCCAGCCCUCCUGAUUCCAUAGAGGAUGGUUACUAUGAGGAUGCAGACAACAACUCUCCUUCUACCUGCAUCAACGGACGACAACGCAAAAACUCCUACAAUGACUCUGAUGCUCUGAGUAGUUCCUAUGAGUCGUAUGAGGAAGAUGAAGAGGAAAGGGGAGCAGGGCCAGGGUCCAGGCUGACUCACCACUGGCCUAGUGAUGAGAGCUCCAUGCUCCCUGUCAGAGACUGUAUGAUAUGUGCCUUCCUGCUGCGAAAGAAACGCUUCGGACAGUGGGCCAAGCAACUGACUGUCAUACGGGACAACAGGCUACAGUGCUAUAAGAGCUCUAAGGACGUGUCCCCGUAUGUUGACCUGCCCCUGCCCAUGUGCACUGUGGUCUACGCCCCUAAAGAGGGACGCAGGAAGAGACAUGAGCUGAGGUUCUCUCCCCCCAGUGGAGAGGCUCUGGUCCUGGCUGUGCAGAGCAGGGAGCAGGCACACAGGUGGCUCAGGGUGGUCCGUAAAGUGAGUCAGGGAAAAGGACCAGAAGAGUCCACUUCUCCCAUGAUGCCCAGAAAGACUGAGCUGGACAAGCGGCUGUCUGGUGAGACUACUAAGACCAUGUCAGACAGUGUUGGAGUGGCUACAGGAGAGAACAACAGGGACAACAGAGAGAAUGGUAAGGUGAAGCGGGGGGCUCUAGCAGCAGGUCGUAAGAUAACACGUAUCAUCAGUUUCUCCAAGAGGAAGAACCUCCCACCUGGCGACGCACGCCCCCCCUCCCCAGACACAGACCCUCGACGAGGAUACCUGUCUGUGUUGGUGAGCCAGGUAUGGCGGGACCAGUGGUGUUGUGUGUAUGGGGGUUCUCUCCACUUCCACCCUGACAGAGGAGACCCCCGGCCCUCCCUGGCCCCUCUACCCCUCAAUGGGUGUGAGGUGUUCCCAGGACUGGGCCCCAAACACCCCUUCGCCCUCAGGAUACUGAAGGGAGGCACAGAGGUGGCUGCAUUGGAGGCGUGUAGCUCUGAGGAGUUGGGACGAUGGCUGGGUGUUCUGCUGGUAGAGACAGGUACAGCCACAGAUCCAGAGUCACUACACUACGACUAUGUAGACGUGGAAACCAUCGCUAACAUCCAAGAUGCCGCGAGACACUCUUUCCUGUGGGCCACAUCUUCCAGUAGCACUUCUACUGACUCAAGGACGUACGACGAGGUUCCCUAUGAGGGAGAGCAGCCUGGCGAGGAUGGGGGCCCGAAGCAGAGGUUCAGUUUCACCAGCAGUGACUCCGGUAGGACCAAACCUGGUCUGGCCCUGAAACGCACGGGCUCCAACGCCAAUCAGUAUGGCCUCUAUGGAAAAACACGAGCAGAGGAGGACGCUAAACUCUUCCUGAGAGAGAAAGAACACCUGGAGAGAGAGAGGGAAGGGAUACGGACCACUCUGCUGACACUGAGACAAGAGAGGAGAGAGGUGAAGGAGAGAUUUAAGACUGCUACAGAGGAGCAGAAGGGCUCCCUGAGUGAGCGUGUGUCCCAGCUAGAGGAGACGUGCCGGGGGAAGGAGAGUGAGAGGGUGGACCUGGAGCUCCGCCUCACCCAGGUUAAAGACAACCUGAAGAAGAGCCUAGCAGGAGGGGCUCUGGGGGCACCUGGGGAGAGCAAACCCUCCAGCAAGGUGUAUAGCAGGCCCUACUACUCUGAGUCUAUACCAGUCAGCUGUGUCUCUGCGGCCCGUAUGAAACCUCCUGUCUACUCAACAUCUAAAAGAACAGUCAUGCAGAAAGCCAAGGAAUGGGAGUCAAAGAAAUGCACCUAAGGCAUAACGAUGUUAAGGAAAGAUUGGAGAUGAUUGGAGGAAUAUCAGAGGGAGGAUGUGUCUUUCAGAUUGUUGUAGAGAUGUGGGCGAAAUUGAAUAUUUGAGCCAGUGUACAGAAAGGAUAUGAAAUUAUACCUUAAUAAAUGACAAAGGGACAAUGAGCGAUUUAAGGUGAGAAUGUUCCAUAGAACAGGAAUGGAAGACAAUGGAGUUGGAAGAAAAACAGAGUGAUUUACUGUAUGUGAUGCGCUUUAAAGGGAUACUUCCAGAUUUUGUAAAUUAAGACUUUUUCCUAGCUCCAUGCUACUUGAACUUGUUCUGUAGAGUUCCAGUCAGUGCAUUUAAGCUGCAAAAAUGGCUCCAGAACCGCCCUUCAACUUUCUUCAAACUACACACAGAGACAUACAAUUGGUAUCCAUGAGUUCAUCUGACUCUCGGUAAGUAGAAAAAAGGGCUUAAUUGCCAAAAUCCGAAACUAUCCCUUUAACAUUGUUUUCCCCCUUUGCCUUAUCACCUCUGUCUGUACAGACAGAAGCAUCACCUCUAUCUGUACAGACAGAAGCAUCACCUCUGUCUGUACAGACAGAAGCAUCACCUCUAUCUGUACAGACAGAAGCAUCACCUCUAUCUGUACAGACAGAAGCAUCACCUCUAUCUGUACAGACAGAAGCAUCACCUCUAUCUGUACAGACAGAAGCAUCACCUCUAUCUGUACAGACAGAAGCAUCACCUCUAUCUGUACAGACAGAAGCAUCACCUAUAUCUGUACAGACAGAAGCAUCACCUAUAUCUGUACAGACAGAAGCAUCACCUAUAUCUGUACAGACAGAAGCAUCACCUAUAUCUGUACAGACAGAAGCAUCACCUCUAUCUGUACAGACAGAAGCAUCACCUCUAUCUGUACAGACAGAAGCAUCACCUAUAUCUGUACAGACAGAAGCCAUACCUACUGUUUUGUUUAUAGGAUGAUUUUUACACUGCACAAUGUUCCUUUUACCCUCAAAUUGAGAUGUACUUUAUAAACAGUAUGAUGACAAAUAAAAUUUUGCUAAUAAUGA